CUUAGCAACAGAGGCAAGAUGGCGGCCCCCAGUAACGCUGAGGGUUCUCCUGAUCUGUCAGUGCCGCUCAAGAUUCCCAAAACCGAGAUUCCCUCCCCGGAAUCAGAAGAUCUGAGUGACAGCAACCAAUACCAUUCCAAUCCCUCCACCCCAAACAGAUUCUCUCCUCUGAACGUCGGGGUCUCUCUGUCGGGGGGCAUAGGCCGGAGUGGAUCGGCCUCUGCCUCCAACAGCUUCACCGCCUGCCGAGGCAUGUCUUGGACACCAUCCGAAACGAACGCCCUUAUAGCUGUGUGGGGCAACGAGAGGCUUGCUGAGGCGCGGAUGCAGCAGCUGGAGGUGGCUGGGACGGUGUUUUCUGGCAAGGCGCCUGGACCAGCGAUGUACGAGCGGGUGUCCAGAGCGCUGUCAGAGCUGGGCUACGAAAGGACCCCAUCCCAGUGUCGAGAGAGGAUGAAGACGCUAAGACGGUGCUACAGCCGGGUGAAGGAGCAUGGUAUUGGGAAAAGGAAGAGCAGUUACUCCAUUGAGCAGCUGGAGAAGGUUUUUGGGCAGGGUGGCUGGGAUUCCCAGAGCUGUCAGCCUGUGCUGAUCAACAGUAGUGGGCUGUACCAGGAGAUGGAGUCAGAUGGCAGUACUAUGGAGGACUAUUCUCAGGAAGACUGGUGCAAUCAGGACCUUUCUGCAGCCUUCAAUGAAGGAGACAUAGAGACAGAGGAGAACCAGCUUCCAAAGGCCAGAGUUCUUCAGAUAAGACUGGAGCCAUCUGAGCAGUCCCAACGUAAAGAUGUAAUGCAGAAUGUGAUGCGUAUCUUGGAGUCAGUGGAGGUCAAAUGGGAGCACUUUCAAACAUGGACUGACUUCUCCCGCCUUCACCUGUCCAAUAAGCUGGCCAUCUUUGGAGUGGGCUACAACACGCGGUGGCGAGAAGAUAUCCGCUACCACUACGCAGAGAUCAGCUCGCAGGUCCCUCUGGGAAAGCGACUACGGGAAUACUUCAACCCUGAGAAGGCGGAGGGCAGGGUUAUCAUGACCAAGGUGCAGAAGAUGAACUGGAAAAAUGUAUAUUAUAAGUUCCUGGACAUCACUAUUAGUGAAGCUCGCUGUUUGGAACUGCAUCUGGAAGUAGACUGGAUCCCAAUUGCACAGACCAGGGCGACAGGUUGCAGUAAUGGUUCACAGUACCUCCUGCCAGGGGGCAUCCCAAAAACAUAUGGCCUAUAUGCGAUAGGCUACGAGGAGACGAGUAUGUCCAAUUCGUCUUACACAGAGGACAAGUCCUCCCCCUCACAGGAAGAGGAGAAGGUGGAUCAUUGUGAGAGUAAGAAAAAGGAGGAGAGGACAUCAGCCAAAGUCACUUACUGUUACCUCGGCAUUGCAGAGGAGAGGACACUACAGCAGUGUCUGUUUCAGCACUUUCAGACUUCAGGCAAACACUAUAGCCGAGGAGAGCCCUCAGCCAUAACCAGAUUCCUGCAGGAAAACUGCACAGGCCAGGCCAGAGAGGGCACCCUUUCUGGAUUACCCAUCUACAUUAAAUUCAUCGAGGUGGAGCUGGACUUUCUCUCUGCUGGAUCUUUAGUGGAAUGUAUAGAGACUGCAAUUGGUUAUUCAUUAAAGUUCAAAAAGAAGGAAGCACUGUAAUGGUUACAUCUUCCAAAAACGCUCUUUAAAGCCAGAAUAUUGAAACGGAGCUAUAUGAAAGGGAUAGUUCACCCAAAAAUUCAGAUUCUGUUAUAUCAUUCACUUACCUUCAUGUUGUUCCAACCCCAUAUGACUUUCAUUCUUCCUGACUUAGGCUAACAUUCUGCCUAACAUCUGCUUUUGUGUUCAAUUGAAAAAAGAAAGUCAUACCAGUUUGGAACAACUUGAGGAUGAAUAAAAGAUGAUAGAAUUAUCAUUUCUGGGUGAAUUAUCCCUUUAAACUGACCUCAAGAAAUUCUUGAACUUAAAAGUAUUUAUGUGGUAUUUUGGGCAGUCUGUUCCAGUAGGAAUGUACUCUCAUCUGCAGUGGCAAUUGUCAUUAUCAGGGAGCAAAAGCUUUUGUUAGUUGAUGUAGAUGAUAUCCAGAGGGUUGGGUCUGUUUAUUUUCAAACUGCCUUUAUUUAAAGGAAUAUUCUGGGUUCAGUACAAGUUAAGUGCAAUCGACAGCAUUUGUGGCAUAAUGUUGAUUACUAACACCCCCCAUACUAAUGUAAGUGCUUUUAUAGAAUUAUAAGCUUCACAUUUCUGCCUUUAAACCCUCAAAAAAAUGGCCCCAUUCAAUUCCAUUGUAAGGUCCUCACUGUAACAUCGAUUUUUGCUUCUUUUUUAAAGAAAAGGAGGGACGAGUCAAAUGUUUGGUUUUGAGGUUAUCAACAUUAUGCCACAAAUGCUGUCGAUUCAGAUUAACUUGUAUUGAACCCAAAAUAUUUCUUUAACUUUUUCCAGCCAGUGCAACCGAGAUCCAAUGCAGGAACUGAAAAAGAGAAAGAAUUCUCAAAAAUAAUGAAUUAAGUAUCAAAUCUAUCUAUCUUAU